AUGGUCAGACCAACCAACACACAACCAGAAGCAAAAACCAAUGGAGAAGAUCUGGUAAAACCUUCUAAUGCAACUACUAAACUCUCACUUUCUGAUCAACCCUCGUUGAAAAGUGAUAACGUAUCACCGACAAAACACUCCAUAAACGUGGUAGCGGUGGAAAAUAAUCACAGUAAUAAUGAUGGAUCAAAUGUUAUUGUGAACGGAAAGAACUCUGAUAUCCCAACUAUUACCACAACCGCUACUGUUACUGAAAAUAGUGUCGAUUCCUUAAAAAACGAGGAUGUUGUGUCCAACGACACUAAUAAAGACGAAAAAAACACUAGUAUCAAUAACGAUAACGAACAACAGGUGUCGUCACCAUCUUCAUCGGCAGAGACAAAAGAAUCUCAACCGUUGAAAAAAAUCCCGAUACCUGCUCCGAUCCCUUCCGUUAACUUUUGGGAAGUCAGAAGAGAAGCUAUGCAAAAUGCAAGAAAAGUACCUGUUACUACUAUUAGUAGUAUUACUUCUGAUUUUCAUCCAUCCAAUGUCGUUGCCUCUAAUAAUAAAAGUAAUAAUAUUGAGAAACAAUGCAAAGAACCUUUAAUUGAUAAUAAUGUUAAUCAAGAAUCUCUGGAUGAUUCCAAGAAAUUCUUAAAGAAACCAAUUACAAAAACAAUAACAACAAUCACAAAACAUAAAUUGCCUUCGAUAAUACCUCCCUUGGAAGAUCAAAGCAGUUGGCCUGCACCGGGUGAAGAGAAAUGGCUCCCGUACACUCCAAUAACAAUCACUCAUUCCACGCCACUACCAAAUCACGGGCAAAGGCAUCGUCGUCGCAGUGAGGAUGCAGUCUCACACACUAGCACUAGAGAACUAUCAUCGUCACAACAAAAUGGCAACUCAAAUCCAAGACGUCGUGCUAAUCUAUCACACAAUGGACGUGAACAAUACGGUCGUCGAUAUUCUCAUUCUGAUAAUGGACAAUAUGUACAUCAUACAAAUAAUGUUCCAUUUCGCGGCGGGCGAAGAGGAUUAGGAAGUAGGGGCCGAUCAUAUCAUGGAACUCGUGUUCUACCACAAUCAGCAACAUUUUCUUAUCCUACUGGCUGGCCACAUCAAUUUGGAAACUUUUAUGCUGUAAAGAUGCCUUCAUAUGUUUAUGACGUAGAGCUUUUAAAGUAUCACAUACUUCAACAAGUCGAAUACUAUUUCAGCGUCGAGAAUUUAUGUAAAGAUAUAUAUCUACGAAGUAAUAUGGACGCGUAUGGUUUCGUUGACAUAUCACUGUUAGCUAAUUUCAAUCGAGUCAAACUCUUGACUUUAGAUGAAAAACUUGUUCGUGAGGCUCUCCUCAAUAGUUAUGUGAUUGAGGUCAGCAACGAUAAAGCUAGAAAACGCGAUGGUUGGGAAAUGUGGUUAUUACCGAAUCAACCCCAACAAAAUAUAAGCGAACAAACUCUGGCAGAAUCGACAUAUAGUGAUGAAUCUCUAGCCUUAGAGGAAUACAAUAGAGAGUACGAAAACAUUAAUAGUGACUCUGAGGCGACAAAUCAUGUAAAAAGGGAAAGUCAAGGACUAAAACAGGAGCAAGGAGAAGAACAUGACAAACAAGAAGUGGAAAUAGAAAGUACUGCGGAAACAUUUCCAACGAUGACGACGAUAAAUGAAUUAGCAUGGAUCGAUGUCAAACUAUUGCAUUUAAUAAUUCUUUUUACUAUACGCAACUCUUCCUCCGCCACGCCCUCUCUUGUUCAUCCAGCAAUGGCUUCAGGCAGCACGAGAUCGGCUCCGUUCGUGAUGCUAAGCGAUGCUAAGGGGACGGGAAAAGUGAGCAUAACCCUGCGGAAAACCAGGAAUUCUCUCGCCUGUUUAUCGCAAAAGCUGAUCAUUGCAGUUCAGGCGUUGUUCUUACCAGGAACCUCACAAAUAUCAAGUCAUUUGCCAUCUUGA